GAAAAUUUUUACUUAUGAAAUCUUUCCAUUUUUAACCACCAAGUGUCAAAAAUAUUGGACACAAAACAGCCAACAAGGCCAUUUGAAGUAGGGCCAAAUAAGGCCGCGUUACACAUUAAUUGCCAAAAGCCAUUACCAAAAACAGGCAAGAAAGAUAAACCAAUAAUUGUUUCCAUUUCAAGCCCAUGCACAUUUAAUUCCCAUUUUAAAACCCUAUAAAUAGAAUUGAGGGUUUUCAUAUAGAAGCAUCAAGUGAAAAAACCAAAAAAAAAAAUAAACAUUAUGGAAGAAAUAACCGUUUUCACUUCUCUGUUUGCCUCAAUAGGGUACCUUGAAAUCUUUAUACCAAUCUUUUUCUUUCUUGUGUUCUGGCUAUGGGCUUUAGGACAUAGUAAUAAAAAUGACCUACCAAGAAAUUACCCAUUUAUUGGGAUGUUUCCAGCCCUUAUUCUAAAUCUUCAUAGAAUCCAUGAACUGAUUGUAGAGGUUCUUUCAAAAACAGGAGGUACUUUCUUGCUAAAAGGCCCUUGGUUUACUAACAUGGACAUUCUUGGCACAGUGGAUCCUGCAAAUGUUCACUAUAUCACGAGUGCAAAUUUUCCAAAUUUUACUAAAGGGCCAGAAUUCAAGAAGAUUUUCCACAUUUUUGGCGAUGGAAUCUUCAAUUCCGACUUUGAUUCGUGGAAGGAUCAGAGGAAACUCGCUAAAGAAAUGAUCGCUCAUCAGAGAUUCCACAAGUGUUUGAUACAAACCAGCUGGGACAAGGUCGAAAAAGGCCUGAUUCCGGUCCUCGAGUUCAUGGCCGAAGAAGGUAGAGUUGUUGAUUUGCAAGAUGUUUUCAAGAGAUUCACAUUUGAUACAACAUUUAAAUUAGUAAUGGGCUUUGAUCCUGGCUGCCUCUCUCCUGACCUCCCUGACACUCCCUUCUCAAAAGCCAUGGAUGAUGUUAAUUAUGUCUGGUUCAUACGCCAUAUAUUGCCGGAAAGCAUCUGGAAGUUGCAAAAAUGGCUUGGAAUUGGGCCAGAGAUGAAACUUGUCAAAGCAGAGGAACUCAUCAACCAAAUUAUAUUUAAGUAUAUAUCGAUGAAACGUGACGAAUUGAGCAGAGGAAAAAAAAUGAAGGAAGACGAAGAUGGUUUCAACUUAUUAACAUCAUACAUGGUACCCAAUGACGGAGAAACAAAAAGAGAGUUGAAGUUUGAUGAUAAGUUUUUGCGGGACACCAUGUUUAAUUUCAUGGUCGCGGGGCGCGAUGGAAUUAGUGCUUGCCUUACUUGGUUCAUUUGGCUAGUUUUCACACGCCCUGAGGUUGAAAAGAACAUAAGGGAAGAACUUAUGGCGAUCAUCCCGGAGAAAGAAGGUGGAAAACAGAGGGCUUUUACGGUGGAAGAGUUGAAAAAUGUUGUUUAUUUACAUGCUGCAUUGUGUGAAACGCUGAGGCUAUAUCCCCCUGUUGCGUUCGAGCGCAAGACUCCACAAGAACCUGAUAUUCUCCCAAGUGGUCAUCGUGUUCAUCCCAAGCUGAGAGUGAUAUUUAAUAUGUACGCAAUGGGGAGGAUGGAAUUCAUUUGGGGAAAGGAUGCCUUAGAAUUCAAGCCAGAGAGAUGGAUUACGGAUCGUGGAACAGUGAAACAUGAACCGUCUUCCAAGUUCUUGAUUUUCAAUGCAGGUCCAAGGACUUGUAUUGGGAAAGAAGUGGCUUUUACCCAAAUGAAAAUUGUGGCUGCUGCUAUCAUCCAUAAUUACAAGAUUGAAAUGGUGAAAGGGCAUGUGGUUUGCCCCAAUUUCGAUAUUAUGCUUUACAUGAAACAUGGCUUCAGAGUCAGGAUUAAGAGGAGGUGGGCAUAGUACUUAAAAUUUCUCCUCCUUUCAUUUUUUUUUUUAUUUUGAUCUUUAUGUGGAAGGAUAUAGAGCCCGUUUGGAUUGGCUUAUAAGUUACUUAUAAGUUGUUUUCAGCUUUUUUGAGUGUUUGGCUGGCCAGCUUAAAGUCAUUUUGUGCUUAAAAUAAGCUCAAAAAAAUAAUUGAGCUCAUUUAACUUAGCUUACAGCUUAUAGACAUAAGCCCAUCCAAACAGGCUCAUAGUCCAUCUUCGAUUCCCCAAAGGUUUGUAUUACUUGUAUUUCAUUUUCAAAUAAUGUUAAGUUCAUUAACCUAAAAAACAAAGAAUAAAAGUUUGUUUCCCGUUUCCAAUAAAAAUUGUGGCUGCUACUAUCA